GUAAAAACUAAAAUACUCACAAAACGAAAACGCAGCGUUUUUGCACUUGCAACUACAUUUCCCCACUUUGCUUCACUCAAAAACAGCACUUAAAAAUCUUCCACAGAUUCCCAUUUCAAAAAUCGAAAAACUGCAACAGCAUUGUGCGAUUUGUGUUAAUGGCUUUCGAUGAUGAGGAUGGUUCUUCAGGCUCAGGAGAUGAUGCGAACAUGUUAGACGGACACAAGCGUCAAGCUAGUGUUCCAGCUAGUGGUGGUCGGAAGAGGGGCCGAAAAGCUUCGGGUGAUGCCAUAGUGGAUGCCAUGAUGCAGAUAGCAGCUGCUUCAAAAUUGAGGGCAAAUGCAAUUAUGAAGAAUGAGGACAAAUUCUCUAUAAGCAAGUGCAUCAAUGUGUUGGAUGAGAUGCAAGAUGCACCAAUCAGCAUGGGUGACAUUGACUUGGAAUUGGAUGAGAUGGAACUUGUUGCAGCUGCUGCUGGAUACUAUUAUUAUAGCUCUCUGACCAAACAGCCUUCCCGUUGUUUAUCACCCAGGAGACGUGGAUUUAUGACAGAAGUGCUGAAUGGACACGAUGACUUUUGUCGUGAAAUGUUGCGGAUGGACAGACAUGUAUUUCAGAAGCUGUGUGGCAUUUUCCGCCAAAGAGCCAUGUUACGUGAUACUUCUGGUGUAAUGAUAGAAGAGCAGUUAGCGAUAUUUUUAAAUGUCAUUGGCCAUAGUGAACGUAAUAGAGUGAUUCAGGAGCGGUUUCAGCACUCGGGCGAAACCAUUAGCCGACAUUUUAAUAAUGUAUUGAAAGCUAUUAAAUCACUAUCGCGUGAAUUUUUGCAACCUUCUGAGGAUACAACAUCUCCAGAAAUUCUCAACAGUGCUAGAUUUUAUCCAUAUUUCAAGGAUUGUAUAGGAGUAAUUGAUGGUAUGCAAAUUCCUGCACAUGUUCCGGCCAAAGAUCAAUCUCGAUUUCGCAAUAAGAAAGGCAUCCUAUCUCAAAAUGUGCUUGCAGCUUGCACAUUUGACCUUCAGUUUAUAUUCAUUUUUCCUGGUUGGGAAGGUUCUGUCAGCGACUCACGGGUGUUAAAGGCAGUCCUUGAUGACCCAGAUCAGAAUUUCCCACAAAUUUCUCAAGGAAAGUAUUACCUUGUUGACCAAGGAUACUUAAACACAGAAGGAUUUCUUGCUCCUUUUCAAGGUGUGCGGUACCAGCCUUAUGAGUUUAGAGGUGCUAAUCACCUACCAAGAAAUGCAAAGGAGUUGUUCAAUCACAGGCAUUGCUUUCUGAGAAAUACUAUCUUAAGGUCAUUUAAUGUGUUGAAAACUAGAUUCCCAAUCAUGAAACUUGCUCCUCAGUAUUCUUUUCAGACUCAGCGGGAUAUAGUCAUAGCUGCAUGUGUUUUGCAUAAUUUCAUCCGCCGCGAAGAAAGAAAUGACUGGUUAUUCAGUAGUUUAGGGGGGACAUUCGUGGAUGAACCAUCAGAUCUCGACGAACUUCCCGAUGUUCAAUUUAUUUCUUCGAUACAAGAACAGAAUGCAUUCUCAUUACGUGAAUCAGUUUCUGCAUCUAUGUUUGACGACUUCUUGAAUAAAUGGGACAAGUGGUGAUACUGGACUGAGAUAUGUCGUCGUCAUCGAAUGGCGCUCAAUUUGCGGAUUUGUUGCAAAUGGCCCGAUAUGAUUCAAUCAUUUGCAUUUUACUUAUGACCAGUAUUUGAUUUGAAGUUAGGUCAAUGCUCAAUGUUAACAUGAAAUUUUGUAUAGGCUCUGCAUAUAAUGGUCAGUGACAGUUUUAUUGAGAUGAGAUUGUGAUGGAACCCUGGGUAGAUGCUGAUAUAGUUGUGAAUGUCUAUGUUACAACAACCUAAUUGCAUUACUAUGCAAAAGCUUUAACUGGAUUUGUGAAAUUUGAAAUGAGGAUGAACAGUGCUUCUUUUUUAUUUUA